GAAAGUAUCGGGUUUAAGGAAAAGGGAGGCAUUUCGGGUUAGAGGCGGGCCGUUUCAGCUCCGGCAGAGCAAGCCACGGAAAACACAGUCGAUUUUUCCAGGGAAUAAAGUUCUUAGUUCUCAUAGUAUUCGGGAUGAAGAAGGUUCCAAGGAUCGUGGUGGUGGGGGCAGGAAUAGCAGGAAUCGGAGCCGCUUCCGCACUUCGGGAUGCUGGAUUCACUGAUGUGACUAUCCUGGAAGCCACGGAAGAGAUUGGGGGAAGAAUUGGCAAAUUUCAGCUGGGAAAAGCUUGGAUAGACACAGGAGCUCAAUAUAUCCAUGGGACCAGUGAGACAAACCCUGUUUACUGCCUCAGCAAGAAAUUUGGCAUUUUAGACAAUGUUCCUCAUGAGGAAGGAAGGUGGAGUAUUUUAAGUGAAAAGGGCAGCAGAAUCGAUGAGGACUUUGCAGAGCGUGUGUAUGAAGCAGGAGAAAAGCUCAUCAGGAAGCGGUAUGAAGAUCACCAAAGAAGCAUUGGGGAGCAUUUUGUAGAAGAGGCCCAAAAGCUGGUAGCGAGCUGGGAGGUCAGCACCGAGGAAAAGAGGCUGAUAAACGGAAUCUUGAGUAUUGUUGGAAAAGACCUGCUUAUAGACAUUGGAGCCUCUGACCUCAAUAGCGUAUCACUGGGAUCGUGGAAGUACUUCCAAGGCGAUAAUAACGAGGAUCUAAACAUUGAAGGGUACAUGUUUGAUUUGCCAUCCAAACUACUGAAGGAGUUUCCAGAUGAAUUUUUACUUCUGAAGAAGCCUGUGAGGAAGAUUGAGUGGGAUGGCUCCUUCAGAACUGGGAAUGGAGAACAGCACCCAGUGCGUGUGGAGUUUGGAGAUGAGGAGGAGAUACUUGCUGAUCAUGUUGUGGUGACUAUCUCCUUGGGCUGCCUGAAAGCACAGGCCUCCACACUUUUCAGUCCUCAACUCCCUGAACACAAGCUUCAGGCCAUUGACCAUGUCAGGUUUGGCGUGCUCACUAAGAUCUUCUUGGUGUACGAGGAGGCUUUCUGGAGCGAUGAUGUGAGUGAGAUCAGUCUGUUGUGGGAGGAUGAGUCUCCUGUUUCGUUGGAUGCUGACCCUGCCCAUUGGAUUAAGCGCUUACAUUUCUUCUCCGUCAUGAAACCCAAGGAGAAAUUUGGCAAUGUUCUAAUUGGAUGGUGUGCAGGAAGGGUUGGGGAGCUGACAGAAACCAUGAAGGAAGAAGAUCUCUUGGCGGCCAUUACUGAACACCUCAGAGCAUUUACUCGGAACCCAUCUCUCCCUCCCCCCAAAAGCAUGUUCCGCACACAGUGGCACAGUAACCCCUUUACCCGGGGGGCUUACACUUACCUCCCCGUUGGCACUGACGCUGAGGUUAUGGACACGCUGGCACUGCCCCUCUCUGGCACCAAGGCCACCAAUCCGGAUCUCCAGGUGCUGUUUGCUGGAGAAGCUACCAUGAAGAGCCUGUACAGCACAGUGCAGGGGGGCCUGCUGUCUGGGCAAAGGGAAGCACAGAGGCUUGUUCAGCAUUACGGAAAGGCGGCAUCUCCUGCCUCACACUGCCCACUCCCAGCUCAGCACCAAGGAGAGCCUCUGGAGCCCCAAACAGUACUGUGAUGUCAUUGAAAGAGUACUAUGACAUCAUUCAAACAGUACUAUGACGUCAUUCAAACAGUACUAUGACGUCAUUCAAAGACUCUCUGAUGCUUAGCUUCAAGCUAAAACUAAUUGAUUUACUAGACAACUGACAAGGCUUGUUAGUUUUUCUUCUAGAAAUUAAACUAUGCUAUGUUAAAUAUCAAAUUAAAAUAUAGUCUACUAAGUGCUAUUUUAAUAUAGUAAUACUAAUAUUAGCAGUGCAAAAUGAAGAAUGUUUGUCUGGCCAAUUUUGUUUAUGCAAGUUAUUGAUAAACUACUGGAACUAAUAAAAAUAUAUAUUUUUUAAACUA